AUGAAUACCAAGAUCCAGCCGAGCCGCCCCGUCCUGGGUAUCCCGCCUCGAACGACAUCCGAAUGGAUCGAUACCCCGCCUCCAAAGCAGAGGGAACGCAAUUACUUUAUUUGCGUCGAGUCCAUCAAGCGUGCACCUGUCUAUCCGUCUCCGGCAGAGUAUCGCUUCCCGAUCCUCCAGCCCUUGCGCGAUGUCAUUCGUGUCGAGCUCGUUGGAGGGACCUUGCCGUCGACACCGGCCACGACGCCGCCCUAUGUCAUCCUUGAUGUUAAUGAGCUGAACCACAUGGAUGUCGGCAGUGCAAACGGUGCCUUCAAUGUGCUCUUUACCGCCCCCGGAGCCGGCUCGUCCACCCACAGCAUCGUGCAGACGCAAAUGACCCAGACAACGACACUGAUCUGCCAGCCGUCCAUCCCCAGACUCAAUUACCUGUCGAUCGCCUUGCGUGCCCCCGACGGCACUCUCAUGGACUAUGGCACCGGCUUUGAUCCGUCAAACCAGCACAUGCUCAUGUUCAAGUUCACGGUCUUGGAGGCCUUUGGGCAGCUACCUUAA